AUGGAAAACGGAAACUUUGCUGCUUGGCCGGGAAAGACGAUCCAGUUCAUGGCAGAUCAUGUUGAUCCUUCUCUACUGCACCGCCCUAACCUCAUUCUUCUCCACGCGGGUACAAAUGAUCUGGAAGACAGAGCCCGGUACUCGACAGAAGGAAACGACCCUCAGGGGAUGGCAGAUCGUCUGGGUGCUCUGAUCGACCAGAUGUUUGAGGCAUGCCCCGACGCCGUGAUGCUUGUGGCAAUGAUUUUGCCGACUUGUGACCCCCACAAGUCAGCCAACCAUGAGGCAUUCAUCAGCAUGAUUCCCAGCCUUGUCAAGGAGCGCAGACUACGAGGCAGACGUAUCCUUGCUGUCGACUUCACCGAUUUCCCGCUUGAUCAACUAUACGACUGCAUUCAUCCAAAGCCCGAUGGUUAUCACAAGAUGGGUGACUGGUGGUACGACUACCUUACUCAAAUUCCCCCGUCGUGGGUUACGGAACCUAUUGGGGAUGAUCCGGAGUUAAAAAGCCCGCUCCCGCGCCCGAGCCCAGCAAGCCUGCUUCUGUCCCCUGAAAUGGGCGUAUCUGAGACACUGGAUGAUUGUGAGGGCUGA